UUGUGGGCUCUGGAUAAUUUCGGUUUCCAUCAUGUGACGCUUUCAUUAUGAAAACAGGAAAUUUAAAACAGCACAACCUACUUCGACAUACACCACUCGUCUGUGAUAGCCAACUGAGUCACAAUGCUGAAGAGUGCCCUGAUUGUCGUGGUGUGUUUGGUGGGGACGUCUGUGGCCUCAACAGACUCAUCGCUAGACCUGCACUGGCACCUGUGGAAGAAGACACACAACAAGGCCUAUGACAUCGAGACAGAGGAUGUUAUGCGACGGGAGAUAUGGGAGAAGAAUCUGCAGUUAAUUUCUCGCCACAAUCUGGAAGCUUCCAUGGGAAUGCACACCUAUGAUCUUGGCAUGAACCACAUGGGAGACCUGACAUCCGAGGAGAUUCUACAGCGGUUUGCACUGUUGCGUGUGCCCUCGGACCUAAAGAUGGACACCUCAGCGUUCGUAGGUUCCUCUGGGGCCUCAAUCCCUGACUCUGUUGACUGGAGAGAGAAGGGUUAUGUCACAGGGGUGAAGAUGCAGGGUGCCUGUGGGUCUUGCUGGGCGUUCAGCGCCGUGGGAGCUCUGGAAGGUCAGCUGAAGAAGACCACAGGGAAGCUGGUGGAUCUCAGCCCUCAGAAUCUGGUGGACUGCUCAUCCAAGUAUGGCAACAAGGGCUGCAAUGGAGGCUUCAUGUCCGAGGCGUUUAAGUACGUCAUUGAGAACCAGGGCAUAGACUCGGAUGCUGCCUACCCAUACCAGGGUGUGGAUGGUCAGUGCAGGUACAAGCCUGACCAGCGCGCUGCCAACUGCUCAAGCUUCGGCUUUGUGACCGAGGACAGCGAGGAGGCCCUGCAGCAAGCCGUGGCCACCAUCGGGCCCAUCUCCGUUGCCAUCGAUGCCACUCGCCCGACAUUUAUCCUCUUCCGCAGUGGGGUAUACAAUGACGCAUCGUGCACUCAGCACGUAAACCAUGGGGUGCUUGCAGUGGGUUAUGGCACUCUGGAUGGACAGGAUUACUGGCUGGUUAAAAACAGCUGGGGCGUGAACUUCGGAGACCAGGGCUUCAUUCGCAUGACCCGCAACAAAGGCAACCAGUGUGGCAUUGCCAAGUAUGCCUGCUACCCAAUCAUGUGAUUGACCUCCUCCGUGAGAACUACCUAAAGGGACUGGCAUCUGUUUUGUUUUUUCUAUUGUAUUGUAUUUUGUACUCUUUUACUGUAGCAAAAUCUUUAUUAUAUGUGCAGUAUACAGUAUAACCACUAUACUUUCUCAUUAAAGGAGGAGGGUCAGGUUUAGCAACUAUUAUGGGUGUAUUAAAAAAUCAUUUCUUUCAUGUUGAUCAAAGUGUCUUAGUUGUGAAAUGGACCUCUAUCUUCUGAACUUUAUAGAAUAACUGAAACAUUUCACAAGAUCUUAUGAAAUUAUAUGUCUUGUUAUAUGUGUGGUACAUAUCAACUAUACUUCCUUAUCAAGUGAGAGGGAUCAUUGUUGUUGCAAACUAUCAUGAAAGUGUAAUUAAAAUCAUUUCACAUUGA